AUGCAAUCAACCUUCAAGUUGUUUGUCACCAUUGUGCUGGCAAUCAUUGCCUUGUCACUGUUGGUCCCACCAUCCAUCGCUGAUGUGACCAAUGAGAACGCCCCAAUCGAGCUCGACCUCGAUCUCAAGGGUGCCAAGACUCCACUCACCACUGACUCUGAGGUCGUCCAAAGAGAGAACGAAGCAAUCAAAUCAGAGGGAUACAGCGUUGCCGAGCAGAAGCUCAUUCAGGAGAAUGCCGAGAAGUUUACAUUCCAGGCUGAGGUCAACAAGUUGAUGAACAUUAUCAUUAACUCUUUGUACUCAAAGAAGGAGAUCUUCCUUCGUGAGCUCAUCUCCAAUGCCUCUGAUGCCCUCGACAAGAUCCGUUUCCUCGCACUCACCAACCCAGCACUCUUGGGUGAUGGUGAUCAAUCCAAGCUUGACAUCAGAAUCAUGAUUGACAAUGCCAACAAGGUGUUGCACAUCAUUGAUAGAGGUAUUGGUAUGACCAAGGAUGACUUGAUUAAGAACUUGGGUACCAUUGCACAGUCUGGCACCAAGGACUUUAUUAACAAGCUGGCUCAGUCCAAUGAUACCAAGGACAACUCCAACUUGAUCGGUCAGUUUGGUGUUGGUUUCUACUCAUUGUUCUUGGUGGCCGACAAUGUCAUUGUCACCUCAAAGCACAACGACGACGAUCAGUACGUCUGGACCUCCACCUCGGACGGCACAUACUCCAUCACCAAGGACCCCAAGGGCAACACCCUGGGCCGCGGCACCAGAAUCUCCAUGCACCUCAAGGAGGACUCCUACGAGUACCUGAGCGAGGGCGCCAUCAAGGAGCUCGUCAAGAAGUACAGUCAGUUCAUCAACUUCCCAAUCUACUUGUACACUUCGCACCAGGAGGACGUGCCAAUUGAGGACGAGACACCAGUCCCCACCACCGAGGACGAGAACAAGGUCGAGACCAACGAGGAGGAGGAGGAUGGCGAGGACGAAGCCCCCGUCAUGACCAAGACGAUCGAUGUCUACGACUGGGAGAUGAUCAACGACAACAAGCCACUGUGGACUCGUUCACCAAAGGAGGUCACCGAUCAGGAGUACAACGACUUCUACAAGACCCUGACCAAGAGCUCCGAGGAGCCACUGGCCCACUCACACUUUGUCGGCGAGGGCGGGCAUCAGUUCCGCUCGAUCAUCUACAUCCCAUCCACCCCACCAACCAACGUGUACGACCCCGAGUCAAUGGUCACCAGCAUCAAGCUGUUUGUGCGCCGUGUGUUCAUCACCGACAGCCUCAAGGACAUCAUCCCAUCGUGGUUGCGUUUCCUGCAGGGAAUCAUCGACUCUGACGACCUGCCACUCAACGUGUCGCGUGAGAUCCUCCAACAGCACAAGAUCCUCGAGAUCAUCAAGAACAAGAUCAUCGCCAAGUUCCUUACCAUGGUGCAGGACAUCUCCAACAAGGAGGACCGCAGCGAGUACUACAGCUUCUACAAGAAGUACGGCAACAACCUCAAGUUUGGCGUGAUCGACGAGGCCAACUCCAAGUCCGUGCACAUCAAGAACCGUCUCAUCAAGUUGUUGAUGUUCCCCUCGUCGCAGGAGGAGCACGCCACCUUGGACACCUACGUCAAGAGAAUGAAGGAGGGCCAGAACCAGAUCUACUUCAUCUCGGGCAAGAGCAAGGAGACCCUCGAGUCAUCGCCACUCAUUGAGCAGGCCCUGAAGCGCGGCUACGAAGUGCUCUACAUGGUGGACCCAAUCGACGAGUACCUGAUCCCCCAGAUCCCCAAGUACAACGAGUUCACUCUUACCAACCUUGCACGCGAGGGCGUCAAGUUUGACAACACCACCGACGUCGAGGCCGACAAGCAGCUCCAGGCUGACUACAAGCCACUGACCGACUUCCUCAAGCAGCAGCUCGGCAAGAAGAUCGAGCGUGUCGUCGUGUCCAAGAUCUUGGCCGACUCACCAUGCGCCCUCGUCACCAACCAGUGGGGUGUCACCGCCAACAUGGAGCGCAUCAUCAAGGCCCAGUCAUUCGGUGCCCAACAACUCGACGAGCGUCAGAUGGAGAUGAUGAACAAGAAGAUCAUGGAGAUCAACCCCGAGCACCCACUCAUCAAGCAGCUCCUGGAGCGCGUCGUUUCCCACGGCGUCAAGGACGAGAUGGCCCAGGUCUCUGCCCAGGUCCUUUACGAGACAUCGGCACUCUCCUCCGGCUUCAUCGUUGACAACCCAUCCAACUUUGCCAAGUGGAUCUACAAGAUGAUGGAGGUCAGUGGAGAGAAGAUCUCUGAGGCCAAGUACCAAGCUGUCGUUCCAGAGCAGAGCGCCCCAGCACCAGUCGCCAACGAGGACAUCCUCGACGUCAACAUCGAUGAGAAUGACGAGAUGAGCCUCCCCAACAUUCCAGGCAUGCCAGAGAUCCACGCUGAUAUGCCAGAGAUGCGUGCCAGACCAGCUCACGACGAGUUGUAA